AUGUCCAAACUAUUACAGGAUUUCCAGGAUGUGUUUCCAGAGGAUUGUCCCAAGGGAUUGCCACCAGUCAGAGGCAUUGAGCAUCAAAUAGACUUUGUCCUUGGAUCCACUCUGCCAAACUGUCCAGCAUACAGAACCAAUCAUGUGGAAACCAAAGAACUCCAGCGCCAAAUAGAUGAGCUUAUGGAUAAGGGUCACAUCAGGGAAAGCAUGAAUCCUUGUGCUGUUCCUGUUCUUCUUGUGCCCAAGAAAGAUGGGAGUUGGCGCAUGUGUGUGGACUGCAGAGCCAUCAACAAUAUCACUGUAAAGUAUCGACAUCCUAUCCCUAGACUUGAUGAUAUGCUUGAUGAGUUGCAUGGUUCUAGCAUUUUCUCUAAAAUUGAUUUAAAAAGUGGUUAUCAUCAGAUUAGAAUGAAAGAAGGUGAUGAAUGGAAAACUGCAUUUAAAACUAAACAUGGUCUUUAUGAAUGGCUUGUCAUGCCAUUUGGUCUCACUAAUGCACCUAGUACAUUCAUGCGCUUAAUGAACCAUAUCCUGAGAAACUUCAUUGGUCAUUUUGUUGUGGUUUACUUUGAUGACAUCUUGAUUUACAGCAAGAACCUUGAAGAGGAUCUAGAUCACCUUGCAUCUGUCCUGUCUGUGCUAAGAAAAGAAAAAUUGUUUGCCAAUCUUAAGAAAUGUACUUUUUGCACAGAUAAUGUGGUUUUUCUAGGCUUUGUUGUGAGUGCAGAUGGAGUCAAGGUGGAUGAAGAGAAAGUUGCAGCAAUCAGAGAAUGGCCAAGUCCUAAGACAGUGAGUGAAGUCAGAAGCUUCCAUGGCCUAGCUGGGUUCUAUAGGCGGUUUGUCCGUGAUUUUAGUACCUUGGCCGCCCCUUUAACUGAAGUCAUCAAGAAAGAAGUUGGAUUCAAGUGGGAGAAAGCACAGGAGGAUGCUUUCCAGACUCUCAAGGAUCGCUUGACUAAUGCCCUGUUCUUAUUUUACCUGACUUCUUGA